AGUGUUUCGAGCCGGGCUUCCAACGCGCCUGCGGGCUCCUUCCGCAAAGUUUGCGGGCGGCAGGAGGAGGAGGAGGGAGCCGCGGCGGGACUGCAGUAGCCGGGUUGGAGAUGCCGCUGAGCAGCCUCCUGCCAGCGGCGGGGCUGCGGCAGCGCCGCUGAACCCGCGCUGGCCGCUCGCCCGCCCGCCGGGCGCCUCUUCCUCCGGGGACUGAAGGGAUCGAGCCGGCCGCUCCGCGCCCCUGCGGGGCUCGCCUCUUCCCGGAGUCCGGAUCCGGCUUCUCAGAGAUUCUGCCCUUUGCUGCCACCGGGGCUGCGGCGUACAGUCCUGCCCCGGUCCCAGCUCCGCCGCUGCCGUCCGCCCCCCCGCGCCGGCCGGGCGGGUCGGUGCCCGCUGCCCCCGCAGCCCCCACGGCUGCAUGACCGCCGCGGUCUCCGCACGUCUGGAUUCGGUGGAGUCCUGGGCCUUCCAUGCGCUGCUGGUGUUGCCCUAUAUGUUUUACGUGGGCUUGUUCUUUGUCAAUGUGCUGAUCCUGUACUAUGCCUUCCUGAUGGAGUACAUCGUCCUCAAUGUGGGCAUCGUUUUCCUACCCGAGGAUAUGGACCAGGCUCUGGUGGAUCUGGGGAUGCUUUCCGACCCUGGCUCCGUGCUCUACGAGACGGACAGCGAGCUGGAUGUCUUUGACGGGUACUUGGAGUGACGCCCCAGGGCGCUCCAAAACGACUGAGCUCCGCCGUCCCCUGGCCGGGGCAGGGGCCCAGCGUGCCCGCAUGGCCGCAGGUCGGGGACCGCCGCGGCCCCGGUGUGCGACCCCGUCGCGGCUCCUUCUGCGCAACACCUUCCCUUCCAAAUGGCACCAGCCCCGCCGGUGCAGGGGCCAGAGGGGUAGCCGGGACCCGCUGCCGCCUGGCAGGCCCAGAGGGCUCGCCAAGGAAAUUCAUUAAACACCUGAAAUGGAUUAUGACCAGGCCAACAGAUCAAGUCCUGGAAAGAAACUGUACUCUGAAAUGUAGAGAUGAAAAUAAGGACAAGAGAACCAGAAGAAUUGUCAUCAGACCUUGUCAGUUGUGACUUCUCUUCACGGUCUUUGCCUCUUGUGUGUGCACUUACUGCAGUGAUUCAUGCACCAUACUGGGCUUCCAUAGGUAAUUCUGGGAUGGACUAUAUGAAAAAAUAAGAUAAACUAUGUUCCAUUGUAACAGAAAAUUAAGAUGUUACCCAGAUUUGAUAUACUUUUGAAUGAAUACCAUGUCACCCAAAUGGACACACUCUACAUAUAGCUUAAGCCAGUUUUACAAUCACAUGUUGAAAAUUCUACCAGCCAGUAGUUCAAAAGCAGUGCUUUCUCAGGGGAAAAUAUGCAGGAGUGACUGAAGGAGGUUCUGUUCAGGGAGUAUAAUGGCAAGAACUGUGCUAGUAAGAUAUUUUAUUUAAAAAGAGAGUUUUGAAAUAGAUCAGAGAGUGAAUUUUAUAUAAGUCAGGUGGAUUCAUUAUUUAACACAGGAUACUUUGCAGAUUGUUUAAGCUCAUGUUCCUAUGUACAGAUGUGAAAGCAAUACAAUAAAGACUGACCUUUUCCAUGAAAAAUUAA